AAAAUAACUUGUUAAAACCCAAUUUCUUGGAAAUAAGAUAUACCGUACGUAUAUAUAGGGAUGGCACUUUCACAAACGCAUGGACUUUACAUCUGACAAUCUCAAGAAGGAAAGAAUACGAAGAUGGAGCUGCAUCUGUUGUGUUUUCUGGUGCUGAAGAUGAUGAGUCAGUUUGGAUGCCAAGCUGCAAAUUAUCCAGAAAAAGUACAGAGUUUUGAAGAAAAGGUUUUUGCUCAUGUUGCUAAUUUUACACCAGCAUUUGCAAAAAGUUCCUUGGAAGACCGAAUGUAUGAUUUAAACACUCGUUUAAUGUCCAUACUGAUUAACAAAGUAGUGAAAGAUGAUGCAAAAAUAUGGGGCAAACUUGAAGCAGAGAGGAGGUCAUACAGUGAAGCAAUUAAAAGCCUUAAGACUGAGUAUCAUGACGAAAUUAAGACGGUAGAUAGGCUCCAAAGCGAGGUCAUCACUCUAGAGACGCAAACUGUAAGAUUGAAAGAAAGUGUUGAGGAUUUCAAAUCUAAGUACCAACACAUGGUGGACAACUAUAUGAAGCAAUCCGAAACUAUCAAUGAACUUGAACUGAAACUGCGAAACACACAGCAAACACUUGAGCAGAGAACACAAGAAUUUGUUGAAGUGGAAGUAAAAAUUGGCGCAUUAAAAGAGAAGUACUAUAGGCAAGCAACUACAUCCAAGAUAACAGAAAAGAGAAUGGAGACAUGUGAACGAAAGCUUAAGCUAUUCGAAUCUGUUCGGGUACAAGCGGAGACUGCAGAAGAAUUUAUAGAAGUGUCCCUGAGAGAUGUUUCCAGAUUGAUUUUCAAUAUGCAAUCUACAUUCUGGACGAAAGUACAAAACUACUUUACAAAGCUAGAGGCCGAAUUUAAAACUGAAGUAACUAAGGUAAAGAAGAUCGAGUAUUCUAAGUAUGAUAAACUCGUCAUAGAGCAGAAAGAAGAAUUUGAGAGACAGAUUAGUAGUGUCUAUAAAGAAAAACAGGAAGAUUCUAGAACAAUUUCCAAACUAAGAGAAGAAAGAAUUAUGCUCCAAGAGAAACUAGCCAUAGUUAAAGUUCAAAUUGAGGAAUACAGGUCAAAAAUAGAGGUAACUUCAGGACAAACAACCACUUAUGACAUAGUACUGAAUGUGAGACGCGAGGAAGACGAAGGAAUGCUGGAACAAGUUAACUUUUAUGAAGUCUUAACAGACUUAGCUGAAGAAGAGGAAAGCCAAUUGACAGCAGAAAAAAUGACAAUGAGAUGGGAAGAUUUGAAGACGUGGUUUAGUCAAGAUCCACCAGAAUACAUAAGAAAAAGACUGGAAUCGGCCAAAACUUUACUGGAUAACCCUAAGACCGGACAGGAGGUAGAUUGGGGAUCUUCACGGGUUCAGGAAAGCCUAGAUCAGCAAAUACAAAUAGAAGGCAAGGACCUCGAAUGAAACAUGAAAGCCUAGGCCAACAAGUAACGUAAAUGAACAGCAAGAUAAAAUUUGUGAAAUGCAAAAUAAAAAGCAAGCAGAAACUCAAUGGAGACAUGUUAUAAGUCUUAUUCUCUUUUUUAUAUUUUUAAUUUUUCGCCCUUUUUCGAAAGUUUAAUAAAGAGAAUAAUGACUUAUCUUGUAAAACCAUAGUUAAUUGUGUGUCUUAUUUAUCCAACAUUGUUAUUCAUCUAUGAAUGUAAUCAGAUUGUGACGCCACCUAAUGUUAUGGCAAAACUGUCUUCUUUUACAAUUAAUGUCGUAUCAAGAUGUUAAAAUGUCUUCAUAUCUUUUAAAUACGAAACACAUGAAAAAAAAAUUCAGCAUUAAAGUUCUUUUUAUUUUUU